AUGAGUCUAAGUAGUUGGAACCGUGUGGUGGUGCGUUACUGCGACGGCGCUUCAUUCUCUGGCAACAAGAGCUACCGCAUCAAAGUACCGGGGACCAACACGUUCAUCUUCUUCAGAGGCAGACACAUCAUGCCGGCCGUUGUAAACCAUCUCCUGCAGCAUCACAACCUGCGGGCGGCAUCGCAUGUCCUAUUCGGGGGAGGCUCAGCUGGUGCACUGGCAGCCUUCCUGCACUGUGAUUGGUUCGCCAGAACAAUGCUGGAUCAGUCCCAACAAACAAACUCCUCCUUCUCUGCUUCUGCUCCUGCUGCUGAUGGCGCUGCUGGUGGUACUGCUGGUGCUCCUGCUGCUGCUGCUGCUGGUGCUUCUGCAUCCUCCACCCCGUCCUCCUCCCCCUCCUCCUCCUCCUCCCCACCGCCCCCGGUGGUAAAGUGCAUGGGCGACGGGGGCGUGUUUCUCGACACCAAGGACGUGGGAGGGCAGCACGAGAUGAGAAAGCUAUUCUCUGCCGUCGUCAGGCUACAGAACGUGUCAGUGCACGAGGGCUGUGUGGAUCGACUCACCAAUCGCACAGCGGAACGAUGGCAGUGUUUCUUUCCCGAGUAUUUCCUCCCGCUGCUGCACACCCCUCUCUUCAUCGGCAACACCCUUUAUGACUCCUGGCAGAUGAACUAUUCUUUCGCCGUCCCAGCGUCCUUCAAAUCCCAGCACUGGGACGAUUGCCGGUUGGCACUGACGGACUGCCCCGGACAGCUACUUCGGAAAUUCCACACCUACCGAGCCGAAAUGGUGAAGAAGCUCCAGCCUCUGAUGCAGGCUCGGGUCUUGUCUUCGGUGCCGAACCUGUGGCAGGCAGCAGGGGCGGCAGCAGGAGAGCAGGCAGGGCAAGAGUGGGGCAGCGGCAGUAGAUGGCUGCAGUGGUGGCUACAUGGUGGGGGAGGGGCAACAGGGGGGAAAGGGGGAAAAGGCGGCCUUGUUUCAGUGAAGCGCUGCCCGCAUGGUUUCUUUCUCGCCUCGCGCUCUGGGAGUCAUGGCAUGGGUCUCAACUUCUAA